AUGGAUGGGGAUCCGGCUGUCGAGUCGCAGCUAGAUGGCUUCAGCCUGGUGCUUCCGCUGCCGUAUCGUGUUGCUCUGAUCAUCGUUUUGGCCUGUGGCUCACUGUAUUCGCAUAGNGACGUGCCAUCCCUUAUUCGCUACCCUGCCCGCAACUCUCCCACCGAACCGCCGCACCACCUCUCGACCUACCGCCUUGCGACUCUCCUCACCAUUCCUCUCGCUUUCUCGCUGUUCCUCUUCUGGAUCAUCACACAUGGCAAUCCUGCCUCGGUCGCAAACUGGGAAAUUCUACCCAAUCUAUACCUGCUCGUGCUUGUACUCGCAUUCGUCCUGCCCAUCCAGCGCGUCUCACGCAGUGGCCGAUACCGAACUCUCGCUACCCUCAAACGCGUCAGUAUANNGGGGGGAUUGGCUGAAGCCCACGAUGGAAAAUUCGGAGAUGUUCUGAUGGCCGAUGUCUUGACAAGCUAUGCAAAAGUUAUGGGAGACCUGUUCAUUGCUCUCUACAUGUUCUUCUCGUCAGGCAGAAGUUCAACAGAGAAGCCGGAUCGACAAGCCGGAGGUUCAUACUUGGUGCCGUUCAUCAUCGCUAUCCCUAGCAUGAUUCGCCUCAGACAGUGCCUGAUUGAAUACUUCAGAGUCCGCAAGGCCAACGCAAAGAAUGGAGGCAUCGGUGCGCAUGGAUGGGGUGGCCAGCAUCUUGCCAAUGCUCUCAAGUAUUCGAGUGCCUUUCCAGUCAUCAUCCUGAGCGCAUUGAUGAGAGGAUACGACCCAGCCAAAAUCGGCAUGUCUGAAGCCGGCUUGUUUCGCCUAUGGUAUGACAAUUUCCCUGACACUGACUGCAUCGCUCACAAUCUGCAGNNGCUUUUCUUUGUGUUCGUCAACUCCUUCUACUCGUUCUACUGGGAUGUCACAAAAGAUUGGGACUUGUCCUUGUUCUCGACGGCAAGGGAGAGGAACGACCCUGAGCACCCAUGGGCUCUUCGUCGCAAUCGUUAUUUCCAUGCCAAGGAGAUGUACUAUGGGGCUAUCUGCAUGGAUCUGAUGCUCCGUUGUACAUGGAGCUUCAAGCUCUCUCCACACUUGGACCACUUUAACGAUCUGGAAGGUGGCAUCUUCGUAAUGGAAUUGCUUGAGGUGCUUCGACGCUGGAUUUGGAUCUUCUUCCGCGUCGAAACCGAAUGGGGUAAGUACUUUGUGCUUGCUGUUCGCGAACAAGCACCUGUAGCUGACUUGCCCUCUNNAGUGCGCAAUACUCGUGGUCCUGCGCCAGACGACAUCCUACUCGGCGAUUUCUCUGCAAACAAGAUAGACGAAGAUUGA